CGGGGCUUGAAAGGCCAGGGAGCAAGAUGGCUGUAGCGAUGCGGAGCGUGAAGGUAACAGGCAAAAACAGUCCAGCAAGUGAAGCGACCCCGAGGGGAACAGGGCAGGAACGAUUCAAAUCAGAAGGCUUAAUCUAGUCUCCCCGCCUUUGUGGCCUCCCGUGAUUGGUCGGCCCUGGCACGAGGGGGCGCGGCUUCAAAGGCCAGGGAGCAAGAUGGCUACAGCAAUGCGGAGCGUGAAGGGGAUGGUGGCUCUGGUCACAGGUGGGGCCUCAGGCCUGGGCCGAGCCACAGCUGAGCGCCUCGUGCAGCAGGGUGCCAGUGCUGUGGUCCUGGACCUGCCAACCUCAGAGGGGACAGCUGUGGCCAAGGAGCUGGGAAAGCACUGUGCCUUUGCACCUGCUGAUGUGACGUCAGAGGAGGAUGUGCUUGCUGCCUUGGCCUUGACUCGGCAAUGCUUUGGGCGCCUUGAUGUGGUCGUGAACUGCGCUGGCAUUGGUAUUGCUCUCAAGACCUAUAAUGUCAAGAUGAACAAAGCCCAUGGCUUGCACCAUUUUGAAAGGGUCAUUAGGGUGAACCUGCUGGGUACCUUCAACGUGAUCCGCCUGAGCGUAAGUGAGAUGAUCAGAAACGAGCCUGAGGAUGGACACCGUGGUGUCAUUGUCAACACAGCCAGUGUGGCUGCCUUUGAUGGCCAGGUGGGCCAAGCUGCCUACUCAGCUUCCAAGGGUGGCAUCGUGGGCAUGACGCUGCCCAUUGCCCGAGACCUGGCCUCCGUGGGCAUCCGUGUCAUCACCAUUGCCCCAGGGCUGUUUGCGACGCCGUUACUGGGUGAACUGCCAGAGAAGGUGCAGAGUUUCUUGGCACGCCAGGUGCCCUUUCCCUCACGCUUGGGUCACCCGUCUGAGUUUGCCCACCUGGUACAGAGUGUCGUGGAGAACCCCAUGCUUAAUGGCGAGGUUGUGCGGCUCGAUGGUGCCCUCCGCAUGCAGCCCUGAGCUGGCCCUGGCCCUACCCCCAGGCAGGGGAUGAAUAAAGGACUGAACCUCAGCUCAA